AUGGCCACCCCGGCUUCUUUAAGUCCCGGUCCCGAUCCCGGCAGGAGAGCACCUCCGCAACACCGCUGUGCUUCGGCGCUGGCAGCGGCGGCGCGGCCGGGAGGAGGCAGCAGCUCCUGGGCUCCCGCGCGCGAGCGCCCGCGAAGCUGCACCAGCAGCAGGAGGAGCAGGCUGCGGCGAUCAUGGCGCCCAAGAUCAAGGGAGACGUGGUUGGGAAUUGGGAGGAGGUACCUGAGAAACAUUGCCAGGAGACUAAGGGCGAAGCACAGGAGCGUCGGUAAGGGGUUGCUGACGUCAUCCAUGGCCGCCGUUGAUGACGACACAGCCCGCGAGAGGGCCGAGGCCGUGGCCCGCGCCAUCUCCUACUGCAAGGACACGCUCCGGCGGUCGUCGAUGCCCCCGCCGCCGUCUCCCUCGCCUAGCCUUGACGACUGGCUCCUCGACGACAGAGACAGACAAGAGGUGAAGAUCAUCGCAAGCGCUGCUGAGCAGCACUGCGACGAUUGCAGGACCAGGGACUCGCGGCCCUCGCCGACGCGUUCUCGCCGCGACCAGGACGCCGGCUGGCCCAUCCGGGUGCAGACGAUGGUGAAGCGAUUCAAGGAGUCGCCAUGCUCGUCCUCGUCAAGCCGGUACCGGAACGGUUCGCUCGCCGCGACCGCCGCCGUCGCGCACGGCGAGGAGUCACCGCAUCACGGCCACGGUUGCCGUGGCGAGCCGAUGAGCAGCUUGGACGACGAGUUGGAGUUUCUGAAAACAUUCGAUGGGGACGAGGAGAUGAUCAAUCGCCAUUUCAUCACUGUGGAGAUCCCAAGAAGCGGCUCUCGAGCGUUCAGGAAGCAGAGUCCGCUCGAUAUGAAAAGGAAGCGAUUAGAUAUGAAAAGAAAAAAUCGUGUCAGCGUAGUAGAACCAACACUGAACGGCUGGAGGUAUGCCAAACUUUCCUUUAAUAUAGCAGCCAUUUGA